AUGAAUAUCCGCUGUGCUAAACCUGAUGACUUGAUGAGUAUGCAGCACUGUAACUUGCUCUGCCUACCUGAAAACUACCAAAUGAAAUAUUACUUUUAUCAUGGGCUUACCUGGCCGCAGCUCAGCUAUGUAGCUGAAGAUGAUAAAGGCAAUAUCGUUGGCUAUGUGCUGGCCAAAAUGGAGGAACCUGAACCUGGCGAAGAAAGUAAGCAUGGUCACAUUACAUCAUUGGCCGUAAAACGUUCCUACCGCCGACUGGGCUUAGCACAAAAAUUGAUGAAUCAAGCCUCACAAGCGAUGGUUGAGUGUUUUGAUGCGCAAUAUGUUUCGUUGCAUGUGCGUAAAAGCAACCGCGCCGCCCUAAAUCUCUACACAGAUUCGUUGAAAUUCAAAAUAAUUGAAAUCGAACCGAAAUAUUAUGCCGAUGGCGAAGAUGCUUAUGCGAUGCGUCGUGAUCUUAGUGAAUUUUCAAAAAAAGAAAAUUCCGACGAGUCGGCACUUGAUACGAAAGGCAAUACUGCAGAUGGCGAAAAGGAUAAAAUCAACUAUAGGCAAGCAAUCUCGCAUGAUCACAGCGGACAUGAUGGACAUUGUUGCUAAGGCAACUGGAUGUUAGAAUUUAAGGUGCUCCUAUGCAAUUCGGGUAUAAUUUUGUAUUUAUAUAUUUUUCGAAAAUUUUAAUAUCUAAAUAAAUUUGUAAUAAUCCUUGAUGGAUUUAUAAAUAUAAAAUAUGAUUAAUAUAAAA